ACGCGGCGGCGGUGGCGGCGGCGGCGGUGGUGGCGGGCGCGAUACACAACGCGACACGGUGACCUGCGUUCGACAUGUUCCACCGGCGAUGCGGCCACCGUGUCACCCUCGGCAACAGCGGCUGCACCGCCACGCGCAAUUUCUCCGAGUACAACAACGGCCUGGUGUUCAGCGCCGAGCCGCUCCAGGAGGACGAGCUGUUCGAAGUCACCAUCGACAAGAAGAUCAUAUCGUGGAGCGGCAGCAUAGAGAUCGGAGUGACGGAAUGCGACCCCGAGACCCUGGAGAUACCAUCCUGUGCCAUAAACCUCCGCCAUGGGUCCUGGAUCAUGACCGGCUCCGGCAUAGUUCACGAUGGCGAUCGCAUCGUGGAGAUAUACGGGAUGGAUCUUACUGAUCUGGAGGAGGGGAACACCUUGGGAGUCAUGCGAACGUCCAAUCACGAGCUGGUCUUCUACGUCAAUGGUGUCUCGCAGGGCGUCGCGGUCAGCAACAUUCCCGAGCGUAUUUUCGCCGUUGUGGACAUGUACGGUGACUGCGUACAGGUCAGCGUUGCUCACCCGAGACUCGCCGCACUGUGCAACGCGCCGAAGGACGAAGUCGAGAUCAAUAAUGACUACGCUGCCGGGGAAACCUCCGGCUCCUCAACGACAAAUCUAGUCGCUAACUUAAACGUUAAUCUAAGUGUCAAUGUAAACGUUAAUUUACCGAAAAAUCCAACUCCCGCGGCGAUAAGGGAGGACAGGUUGAAGUUUCACGAGAGGGUCGGCUCGUUGGUGAAGCUCUCCAAUAACGCGCGGACCGCCGAGAGGCGGAGGCCGCUCGACGAGUUUAACAACGGUGUCGUAAUGACUCAUAGGCCGCUACGAGAUAACGAAUUGUUUGAGAUACGGAUAGACAGGCUAGUGUACAAGUGGUCGGGGAGUAUAGAGGUCGGCGUUACCACUCACAGCCCUACGGCACUGGAAUUUCCGGCGACGAUGACCAAUAUGCGUUCGGGUACAACGAUGAUGUCCGGCUGUGGUAUUCUGACAAACGGCAAGGGCACGCAGCGCGAGUACGGCGAGUACAACUUGGACGAAUUGAGGGAAGGAGACCGCGUGGGAAUGAUUAGGCAGAGUAACGGAGACCUUCACUAUCUGAUAAACGGUCUGAAUCAGGGUGUCGCGGCUAAAGUGCCAGCGAGUGUGUGGGGUGUGAUAGAUCUUUACGGAAUGACCGUGAAAGUCACCAUUGUCGACCGCGACGAGAGGGAGGAGCAGAAUCUAGUCACUAGGAGAAACACGUUGCAGCUACAAGGUCUGGACAGCGAAGGUAAACACACACGUAGAAACUCUGACAAGUUUCGCGGGAAUAGGAGCUGCCGCGUUAUAACGUGUGUAAAUUUCGUAGAAGUCGGCGAGGAGGAACUUCCCGAUAGACUGAUGUUUCAUCCCUGUUGCGGGACUCACGCCGACGUGAUCAACAACGGGCGUACAGCGCACAGGCCUAACGCCAUAGACGACUUCAAUAACGGCGUGGUAUUGACGUCGAGGCCGCUGAAGCCGAACGAGCUGUUCGAAGUUCGACUGGACAAAAUUGUCACCAAGUGGGCCGGCUCCAUCGAGAUAGGAGUCACCACGCAUUCCCCGACGGAACUAGAAUUCCCGUUUACCAUGACGAAUGUCAGAUCCGGCACGUGGAUGAUGACGGGUAACGGCGUUAUGCACAACGGCACCACCAUGAUAGAUCAGUACGGUCAGAAUCUGGACCGUCUGCAGAUCGGCGAUCGCGUGGGCGUGAUGAGGAAGGACAACGCGACGCUGCAUUUCUACGUGAACGGCGCCGACCAGGGUGUGGCGGCGAUGAACGUGCCCGAGAAGGUCUACGGCGUGAUCGAUCUCUACGGGCAGGCCGCCCAAGCCACCAUAGUCGACAACGUGGACUUUUACAGUCCGACCACAAACAAUUCGAGCUUUAGUAAUACGACAUUGUAUAGCGAUCUGAGAUUUCAUCAUGUGCACGGUAAGAACGCGCGGAUUACGAACAACGGUUUGACGGCGUCCAGGCCGCGAGCCCUGGGCGAAUUCAACGAAGCUAUUGUGAUUGCGAAUCGCGCGCUGCGCGACGGCGAGAUGUUCGAGGUGACGAUAGACAAAAUGGUUGCCAGGUGGUCCGGUGCUAUAGAAGCAGGAGUCACUGUGAUAAGACCUGACGAGCUAGAGUUUCCGUCUACAAUGACAGACAUCGAUCACGACACGUGGAUGCUCUCCGGGUCGACGGUGAUGCGCGACGGCGUGACGCUGCGUAACAACUACAGCUGCGACUUGGACAAGCUGAUGGAAGGCAAUCGGAUCGGAAUGAUGCGGUGCUCGGAUUCCUCCUUACAUUACUUUUUGGACGGGGUGGACCAGGGUCCCGCCUGCACCGGUUUACCGUCGAACGUUUACCCGGUGAUCGACUUGUACGGUCAAUGCGCGCAGGUGACGAUCGUGUUGCCCGAGCGGAGGGAUCCUUUGACGCAACAAUACCUACCGUCGGAGAACAGUAUUAGCCAACAGCCGACCUCGGUGAUCCAGCCUCAGGCGCAGACUGAGAUUCUGCACAAGUUCCACGAGUCGGUCGGGCUGAACAUUCAACUGAACAACGACAGAACGGUAGCGACCAGGUGUAGGGAGUACAAUAACGCUGUCUUGUUGAGCGAGGCGGCGCUGGAGAACAACGAGCUGUUCGAGAUCGCCAUCCAGGAAGUGGCGCGCGAGUGGAGCGGCUGUCUGAGAAUAGGUGUCCUGAGCAACGAGACAGGCAACUGGUUGACGUCGAUGAACCUCGUGCCCGGCAUGACGUCCAUUCCCAGCGAUGCCUGGUACCUGACGGGCAACGAGGUGAGGCACACGGGUUUCACGCUCACCUCCAACUACUGCACGAGUCUGGAUUGGCUGCGAGUGGGCGACAAGGUCGGCGUGAAGCGCACGCACGAGGGUAACCUCAAGUUCUACGUGAAUGGCGAGGACAUGGGCGUGGCGGCGUCCGACGUGCCCGAGAUGGUGUACGCGGCGAUCGAGCUCUUCGGUAGCACCGUGGCGGUGAACAUCACCAGCAGCAGGCAGCAGAAUCCCGCCAUAUCCCCUAACGCCAGUCUGAGGCUGCAGGACUCGCUGGAGCUACUGCUGGAUCCGAUGCCGCCGCGAAACGACGCGGGAAUGGACACCUCCAUCGACGUAUCCGAGGGGAAGCUAAUCAACGACGUGACGCUCACGCCGACGCAAGCGACCGCCGUCGCCAGCCUGGUCGCCGGCGACGGGGAUUGGAGCUACGAGUUCCACGAGAAUCACGGCAGGAACAUUCAGCUCGAGACGAAGACGGUCGCCAAGCGGGUGGCGAGCUACAAUCAGGGCGUAGUGAUGUCCAGUCGUCCGCUGAUAAAGGGCAAGCCGUUCCAGGUAAAAAUAGAGAAGCUGAACGAGCGUUGGGUCUCGAAUAUCCUCUGUGGCGUGUCCUGCAUCUCGCCGGAGAAACAGGCGAGCUUCCCGUUGACGGCGCUCGGCUUCAAGAGGCACUCCUGGAUCAUCUGCAGCGACUGGAUAUUCCACAAUGGCAUGAGAGUGAGAACCAAGUACGGCGCCGGCCUGGAGAACCUUCAGUGCAACUCUACCGUGGGCCUGCUGAUCGACGAGGACAGUCGGCUGCGCUUGUUCAUCAAUAACGUGGAUCAAGGGGUGGCCGCGACCGACCUGCCACCGUACGUCUUCGCCGUGAUCGAUCUGUACGGGCAAUGCGAGCAGGUGUCCAUCGCGGGAAUUAACGAGGAGUCUUCCUACACGAGUGUCGCGAUCGACAACGCGCUGGCGGCUCCUCUCGAGUGCGCGAGCGUGGAGACGGAGGACGUGGAGAAUUCGCGCGAAAAAGCCGACCUGGAGUGUCACGAGAAGGAGAGUGCGAUGGCGACCACCUCGUUGGAUCUCUCGCCAUCUUCGACGUCGCCGAGCGUGCCGAGUCAGUGCAGCUUGAACGUCAAGGACGGCAAUCUCGAGGCCGAGUACUCGUCCUUCGGUAGUAACAACAGCGCGAACGUAGCCGACAACAGCGUAGGCGUCAAAGCGACGUCGAGCGUCGACAGCAACAACUCGGACUCGAGCUCGGAGCUCAGCAACGACGCGCGGAGCAUCAGGAACCGAGUGUACCUGGACAACGUCGUCGUGCCGGCAGCGCUGAGCAAGCAGCCCGAGAACAACUCGAGCGGGUCGAAUCACGACGCGGAGAAUCGCGCCCUGUGUACAAACGUAGAGAUAAACAACGCGACUAACAUUAAUAUACAGAAGGGCAUGGUCGCCAGCGCGAGCAACAUGACCAGCUUGAACGCGGCGAUCACCGGGGCGAACGCGAACAACGCGAUUAACGAAAGCAUAGCGUCCAAUAGUCAAGUCAAUAGUGCGAGCAGCGCGCAGCAGAACAAUUUGUCGGAUGUCCCGAACAACACCUGCUCCAGCUUCGAGUCGCGGUCCUACGCGAGUCGGGACAACGUCCGCGACAACUCCUUCAACGGGAACGUACCUCCGAGCCAGAACACGACGGCUGGUCAGCGGGACGUGCCGUACAACGCGUCCUCGCUACCGUUUGUACCGUCGUCGUUACCGUCCACUCCACUCGGGUCCACCGUCAUCGCGUCGUCCAGGAGGUGCGACUAUCUGCGGGUGUGCAUACAGCUCAAGAAGUCGCUCGUUCUGCCAGACGAGUUUUUCUCCGCCGACGAGAUAGUCUGCUACUGCAGCGUGUGCUACAAGGUGGACGGCGACAAUGCGAUCUGCAAGAAGGGCGAGCCGCCGGCGGAGUUCGCGAUACCGGUCGGCUGGGCCAGAUUCCCGCUGAAGCAGAGCAUCAACGCCGAUCAGAUCCCACAGAGCACGACGGACAAGUGGCACGUCGCGUUCUACGGCAUACGUCUGGACGCGAUAAGAUUGAUUCUGGAUCGUGGAGAGCUAAUGACCAAAGAACAACUGGACCUGAGCAACUUGACGGCGGGCACUAAGAGCGAGGACCAGAAUCCCCAGGUGUCGUUCUCGCCUAGCAUCAAGUACGCGGCGUCCGACGAGUUCACGAGAAAGUACCCAUACAUCGACAUGCAGUCGAAUAGGAAGCUGAACGCAUCGACCGCGUUCCAAUUGCUGGUGAGACCCGGCUCGUACACGAUCAGUCCCGGCGACAAGGACAGCACCGACCUGCACUGUGAGUCCAGCAAGUGGGCCACCAAGGAGGCCGGGGCCACAGCGAUCGUCGCCCUGCUCGUUCACCUGGACGGAUUUUAAUCCGUGCCCGCUUUCCGAAAGUGUUUUCCGCGAAACUUGUGUUUUCCUCCCGUCGCGUCUGUCCGCAUCGAGCACGCCCGCGCAUCGGGCCGUGACUGUUGUUUGUACAUAAGAUGUGCCGUUCGUUAACAGAACUGUGGUAAGAGACUCUCGAGACCGAUGUAUUGCAAUUCCGUCGAAAUCGCGCUGUACAUUUAUGUUAAGUUCCGACGCGAGUCCCCUCGCGCGCGUUUAGCCGUUAACGGACCUUUACCAAAAGAUUUACUUGCUAGAGGUAAAUCGAGGUUUCAGUUCUCUUUUAACGUUCAACUCUUACGUGUACAGUAUGGAUGAUUGUGUAAUAGCUGCGUUUAUUUAUAUUAUACAUAGAAUUCACUAGGAGAGGAUUUGCCGUAGAUUAGCUAUGACAAUUUUGUGAUGCACUACAAAAGACUUUUAAUUAGCAUAAGUUUUAAACGUUUUAUCACACACGUGUCAUGUGCUGUCGCUAGAUUGGCCUAAGUUAAUGCUCACGAGAACAAAGUGUAUGAAAUAUAUGGUAUUAUUGCGGUAAUGAUACUUGCCGUUUGUGCGAAGAGAACAGUAUUUUUGACGCCCGCGCUUCACGCCUAAUCAAUAUACCAAAUCUCUAUUGUAUCGCAUUAGCGGAUAAAUCUCAAGACACGGUACAAUUUUUUUAAUGCACUCUUCUGCAACGUAUUCGAUAGGGAAGCAUCGUGUAAUAUGUCUAUGUUGUAGAAAUAAAUAUAAGCGCAAUUCGCAUUGCCAGAUCAUCCACCGAA